AUGGAUAUCUUGAGCAAGUCCAACCGGAUGUCCUAUGUGGCCGCCUGGGGCGCUAUGACGCACCUGGCGUUCGAAAUGACUUUUGGGGAGACGCAAAUCGUGAGCCUUCAUGGUCCUACAUACGUUACAAUCUGGAACAAGAUCCUGUCCAUGGCGGUGAUAGGGGUGGGCUACUUCCCCUUGUUUGCAGGCCUUGCCCUGGACUCUCUGGUCAGUCUUGCUGUGACCUUCCUGUACGCAUGCGUGCUGCUAGCUGUCGACAUAUACAAGAUAUUUGAAUGCGAGCUCAUACCAACAGCCCGCCUUAUUUUCAUUGUUCGAGACCUUCCAAGUCUCGCCUGCUUAGGCUACCUUUGCGUCAGCAUACCAGUGUGCAUCUUCCAUGGUCUGCGCAGUAAGUCAUUGCGCAUCUUUACGUCAUCAGAGAGGGUGUCCUUUCUUGGCGAGGACAAGGAUUUAGAGUCAACAUCUGAGGCGGAACACGUCCGUGAUUUGUUGCGCCCUCCAAAACCGCCACCACCUGCCGCACGCAACCUGAAAGAGAAGGUGGCCGGGAUCGCAAAAUCAGUAUUUGCGCGUGUCAUCUAUCAGAACAAACACAAAUACCGCUACUCCACACGUGUUCUAUCCGUGACAGUGAUGGGAAUUAUAUUGCUGUAUUUAGCUGUCGUGGAGUUCUUUGUCAUGAUUCUGCCGCUGUUCACUAUUUUGAGCAACGGUUUUAAAGAAACGCUUGACGAAAUCGGACGUGAGUUCCAGCUGGGAGAGGAAGAGUGGAUAACCGAAACUAGGGACGAAUUUAUAUUGUUUCAAGAUCUGAUCCAGGACGGACGCAUCUGCGUCAUCGUAUCACUGACCUUUGCAGGAGCGACGGGAGUACUUUCCAUUCUGCACAUGUUGACGUCAUACAGGACUAACAUGCUAUCCCUGUACAAAGGUGAUAACACCCAUAUCCCGCACAGAUCCGAAUUCGCAAAUACUGGCCUACUGUUGGGCAGCAUGAAGUAUGCCGGGUUCCAGAUUGCCUACAUCGGCUGGGGUUUUAUCUUGCAUCUAAUCUGUUUCUUACUUAUCUCUGUGGCUUUGUGCGUGCUGAUUAUUAUCUUGAUGGAGGGAUACACAGAGUGGUUAAUAGGAAUUCUGGCAACCACGUGGCCGGCCUGGGUGAUGACCAUUGUCCUGAUGGUGGUACAGAAAUUGUCUGCAAAGUUCUUCUUUUUGCAAGACCGCGGUCUGUUAUUGGCAAUGAACAAUCGACGCGCCUUGUUCAGCUUUUCGUUUUUCCUGUUCUUCUACAACAUCUUCCUCGGUUUCCUGUCGUGCCUCAUGCGCAUUAUCAAGUCCAUCGUUAUUGGCACCAUCUUCCUUUCUCGUCUCGACAACAGCGCUCUUCCCAGGAGAUUCCAGAUGAUGGAUCCAGGAUUCGCUGCAUAUGUUGGCUUCUUGCACAUGGAAUGCUCCCAUACCCAUCCGGUUUUGCUUAUGUUCGUACGGAUAUUAAUGGCGGGAAAGAAGAAACGGGAUGAGGCCGUUAACGACCCAGAGAAACCAGAAAUUACCGAAGAGAAGGCACGUGCAUUUGUUCGAGCUAGAAUCCGAUGGCAAACUGCUUAUUCGAUAUUGAAGAAUCCGGCUCUCAGAGCCACACGGAAAUGCCACUUGGACCAUGUGAAAGAACUGCAAGAACGCCUAUCAAAGAUGUACCAUCUUGACAAGAACCAAACAAGCGAAGUCAUGAAAGAAAUGCAGAGAUCUGGAGUCGACAUUAAUGACGUUAAUGAAAGUCUUCAGGCAGAAGGUAAACCUACUUCUGCCGACAACUUGGUCAAAGCGUUAAAGAUAAAUAAUUUCUUGCAGAAAAUGAGAAGAGAUAAGGGUUUAGGACUCGGAGUAUUCGCUUCCCGUCCACCAAGUGAAGAAAUAACUGAGAUGACGUUUAUUACCCCUCAAACUGAUCGUAAGGGUGCAUCAAAUGCCGAUCUAACAACGUAUAAGCAAUGGAAAUCAGCGGCAUUUACAUCCUUGGAGAUGGACCAUGAAAAAAAAAUGAAGCCGAUAAAGAUGUUAGACAUUAAAACAAAUGUCUAACGUGAAUAAAAAAGAAAAACGCGCUGUCCUAUACAUACACUUAAAACAACAAUUUAAAAAGGGAAUGCGCCAGAUGUAUACUGCGUGGAUAUUUAACAGUUUUACUCCGAAAACGCUUGUAUGCGGAUAUUGUGAUGUUUCCUACCUCUUAUUUGUACAUUACGGACACUGUUUUAUCUAUGAAAAAUUUACAUAAAAUUAACGUGUAUUUAUAGAAGACGAAGUCGUAUAAGUGUUAUUAUUAUGUGUUAUGCUAAAACUAUAUAUACGAAAUACAAAACAAAAUAGACGCAAAGUAGAAAACAAUCGGAUGUAUUACUUUAUCACGAUUUUCUUAUUAUGGGCAUACAUUUUCGGAUUUGUGG